AUGGAGUUUGCCACGGGGGCGUUGGGCACCCUCCUCCCCAAGCUAGGGGAGCUGCUACAGGAUGAGUACAACCUGCACAAGGGUCUGAGGAAGGGGAUCAAGGACCUCAAGGAUGAGCUCCUGGUCAUACAAGCUGCACUUGUGAAGGUGUCCGACGUGCCACUAGACCAGCUUGAUCCGCUGGUCAAGAUUUGGGCAAACGAUGUCAGGGAGCUGUCCUUUGCCAUCGAGGACAGCCUCGACUCCUUCAUGGUUCGUGUCGAGGGUGUUGAGCCGACAAAGCCACACACCUUUUUCGGGUUCAUCAAGAAGACCUGCAAGAAGGUCACCAAGCUCAAGAUUCGUCGCGAAAUAGCCAACGACAUCAAAGACGUCAAGAUCCAAGUUAAAGAGGUCAAGGAGCGGUUCGACAGAUACAAAGAUGUUAUUGGUAAUACUAAUGCCCGAACGGAAGUCGACCCACGUCUCCUGGCCAUGUACACCAAAGUAUCUGACCUUGUUGGCCUUGAAAAGUCAAUGGAUGAGCUAACAGAGAGGCUGUCUGAGGGCAAUGAUCUGUCCGGUGAAAAGCUCAAGGUUGUCUCUGUUGUUGGAUUUGGAGGAUUGGGCAAGACAACUCUUGCUAAAGCCGUGUAUGACAAGCUUAAAAAGAAUUUUGAUUGUGGGGUUUUUGUUCCGGUGGGUCAAAGUCCAGACACAAAGAAAGUUCUCAGGGAUAUCCUCCUUGAACUUGACCGGCAGCUGUACAGAGAUGCAGCAACAAUGGAUGAAAGGCAGCUGAUCAAUCAGCUGCAGACAAUCCUAGUAGGCAAGAGGUACUUUAUUGUUAUUGAUGACAUAUGGGAUAUACAAACAUGGGAGGUGAUCAAUUGUGCUUUCAUGGAUAGUCAUCCAGAGAGUAGAAUAAUCAUUACUACUCGUGAUGUUGAUGUUGCCACAAAAGUUGGUGGUAUCUACCGCAUGGAACCACUUUCUGAUGAUAACUCCAAAAUGUUAUUUUAUACAAGAACAUUUGGUGGCGAAGGAGCAAGUUCAGAUAACCAGCCUGCAGAAGUGACAAACAAAAUUUUGAAGAAAUGUGGUGGUGUGCCUUUAGCUAUCAUUACAAUAGCUAGCUUGCUUGUUGGUAAACGAUGUGAGGACUGGUCUAAGGUGUAUGAUGCCAUUGGGUUUGGACAUGAAGACAACAAAGUUGUUCAGAACACAAGAAAGAUAUUGUCUUUUAGCUAUUAUGAUCUACCGUCCCAUUUGAAGACCUGUCUAUUAUAUCUAAGUAUGUUUCCUGAAGAUAGCUUGAUCAUGAAAAGAACACUGAUUUGGAGGUGGGUUUGUGAAGGUUUUGUCCCAGAUAGAGAAGGUAUAGGGUCAUUUGAGCUCGGGCAGAUCUAUUUCUAUGACCUAGUUAACAAAAGCAUGAUCCGGUGGAUUGAUGAAGAUGAUGAUGGCCAAGGUGGUUGUCGUGUCCAUGAUAUGGUGCUCGAUCUCAUCCGCACCAUAUCAAAUGAUAUUAACUUUGUUACGGUACAUGAUAUGGAGCAGCAUGGCACAAGUUUGCAAGGACAACAAACAAAUAGGGUUCGCAGAUUAGCACUUCAUAGAAGAAGUGUGGAACACAACUCUAGCAUUGGCAUGGAACACCUGAGGUCAUUUAAUGUUGUUGGGUGCAGUGCCAACAGUAUGCCCCUGCUUUUGAGCUUUAACGUAUUGCGUGUGCUAGUUAUUGAGGAUUGUGUUUUCUCGGAAGGUCAUAGUCUUGAGCAUGUUGGGAAGUUGGUCCAGCUGAGGUACCUGGGAUUAGUGAAGACAGCGGUCAAGAUCCCUGAAGGAAUAGGACAUGAUCUGAAGUUUCUUGAGAUAUUGGAUGUAAGGGGAGGUUUGAUAAGUGAGCUGCCGCCAUCUGUUGGUGAGCUAAUGAAAUUGAGGUGCUUGUGGGCUGAUAAAGGUACAGUGAUGAAGGGCAAAAUAGGGAAACUGACAUGCCUUGAAGAGCUGCAGCUAUAUACAGUGGAGAAGUGCCCAAACUUCUUCACAGAGGUGGGGAAGCUGACAGAGUUAAGGUUGCUCAAGAUCUUUUUCGGUGAUAUAGAGGAGUCUGCAUGCAAGGCCCUGAUGGAAUCUCUGUGCAACCUGCACAAGAUCCAUAGUCUGACAGUUGUGGAUGAUUGUUAUGAUCGUGAGUAUUCGGUUGUCCCCAACCAUAGCUUGGAAGACUUGGCACCCUGUACAAAGCUGUACGAGUUAGGUCUGUUUAGCAUAGUUAUACCGAGGGUGCCAUCAUGGAUCAAUCAGUUAAGUGUUCCACUCCUUUCUCAUCUAUGUCUGCAUGUGGAUGCGGUAGAAGUUCGGGAUGUUCAAACCAUCGGCAGGUUGCCGUCCCUCCUCGUCCUUUUUCUCUGGAGUAAGGAUGAAAAGAACAUAUCAUAUACUUUUGGCAGCAAUGAGUUUCACAAGCUGAGAGUCUUGUUCACGAAGAAGAUAGAGAUUGCUGUUGGAGAAGGAGCAUUGCCGAUGCUUGAAGUGCUGAGCUACAGUGCAAGCGCUGAAAGAAAGGACGCUGCCAGCUUGGUGCCGUGGAGGAGAAAUAGCUGCCCUUUGCUGAAGGACGUCACCUGUGUCCUUGACUGCACUAACAGCAGCUACAGGGAAGUAGAGGAAGCAGAGGAAGCGCUGAGGCAGGCUUCCGGCACACGUCCCAAUGCUGUGUAUCUAGAUCUCGACAUAGAAUACGAAAACUACGAUGAGGAGGCAGGUAAAUUCAUUGAUAAUCUGGAGUGGACCCUACGUGGUUUGGACAGACCCGAGGAUGUGGGCCGUCCUGCUGCACACCAGGAAGAGAGGACACGUCGCAUGAUUAGAUCACUCGAGAGAAGGUUACGUGACGCCGCGGAGCCUCCUCGGGUGGGGAGGUACGGCGAACAAGAGAUACGUGGCCUUGUUACCAAGUUCAAGAGUUGGCUACAUGAUCAUGCAGGCACCGACCAGGAUGAGGCGGGCAAAAACGAUGCCACAUACCAAGAUGACGACGACGAUGAAGAUUAUUAUUACGACGACGACGACGACGAUGCUACCGACCAAGCAGAGGCAAACGAUGGUGAAGCCACUUGCAGUGGGGAGGGGGCCAGCCAAGCAUGA